AUGCCCUCGGCUCACGACAAGGAUUUCCUUUAUGAUUCAUUCUCCAGACCUUACGUCGGGAAGGCGGUGGACGGGUUUUACGAGUACCUGAAAGACAACAACAUCAAGUUCAGGGGAGGUGGCAUUUCAAGGCCUUACUAUGCCAAGUUCUGUUCGAUUGUCCAAAGUUUUGGCACAGGGAAAUCGAGACUAUUGACUGAGCUCCGGAACAAAGGCGUUCUCGUGCUGUACAUGAAUCUUCGUGUACCAAGCGAUAAGGGCUUCCCGAAGCGAGAUGCGGUUCCUGCGCGUAUAUUGACGGAAAAAUUGGACUGCACUCGAGCCGAGUAUACCGCUCGUUGUUGCGCACUCUUUACAGCCAUAUUCCAGGCGCUCCGGCAGCGACUAAGCAACAAUCAUCGGCUGGGCUCUGAUAGUCAGAUAAAAUGGUGGAUUGACGAAAUGUGCGACAUGCGCUCUGGAGCUCGUACCGAGUUCUUUGAGGAAGUUCGAUAUCUAUAUGAACAAACCCUUGACAAGAUCAAACUGGAGGAGACUGCCGCGAAGUUAGGCAGUCUGUCUCUGAAAGGUAAAGAUGAGGAGGUCCCAGCGCCGACAUUGGAAGGGGAAUCGUUUGUCACGGAAGCUUAUGAAGAGAUGCUGACAGUUAUGUCAAAGAUAUUCACUGAGAAGGCCGAGGACAAGGAUUUCAGUGAUCGACCAAAACUCGUAAUUUCAUUCGACGCGGCCCACUCUCUGAGCAAUAUGAGUAGCAUGGGUUUUCGUCCAUCACAGAUUCUUGGGAGGACGAUCAACUGCUACUCCAAGGGGACAGACGAAUCAAUCUGGGUCGUAUUUACAUCCACGACUCCACAUGUGGUAGACCCCCCAGCUCCUCAGGUGGUCCAUAAUUCUAUGAAAAUAGCAGUAGGCGGCCACCUUUUAUUUCCGCCUUAUACGCAUCUUGGUUGGGACCAGAAUGCAGACCGUCUGUCUGAUAUAUCGGCGAAUGACGUUGGAAAGUUUGAUCACAUUGUCGGAUUCGGUCGUCCACUGUGGAAAUCGCUCGUGGGAAAACGUUCUGUCGCUAAUAUUUUAGAAUUGGCUGCUCAGACGCUCUGCAAAACGAAAGUCUUUGACCUGUCGGAUACGAACCAGGCUCUCGCUGUCCUGUCUCAGCGAUUCGGUCUCGAUAUCUGCUCUGGUCACCCCGAUGCCGUUUCUUAUGUUGAAAAAGGAGUGGCUAGCCACCUGCGGAUAUGCUUCUCGACGACCGAAGAUAGGUCAUGGGCCUUCACCGGUUAUCCAUCAGAGCCCCUUCUGUCUUGCGUUGCAGCGAUUAUACUUCAUUCUAGGAAGACCACCAGUCUAGAAAAUGCCUUGGAGGUCUUGAGGGGAAAGGUUUAUGGGGGGAUGGUCGAGAUUGGACAGAGUGGAGAGUUGGUCAGCAGACUUGUGCUGCUUCUUGCGAAAGACAUGUACAUUCGCAGCCAUCUCUCCAAAGGCACGAUACAGGAUCUACACUACGAGGGAAGUGGGGAUACAGAUUUGAUCGACUGCCAGAAGGUCUCCGUCGUCGAUUUCCUGCAACACCUUUUUGGCGAGACGUUCUGGUCGUUGGCAGGCGAGGAGGCCAAGGCAACUUUUCGGCACGCCUACAUCAAUUUCUCGCAUUGGGUGUCCAUGACAGAGUUCAUCUCCCCGAAAGAUCCCAAGCAACCUACGUUCGAGCUGUCGAGUGCCGAGGAGUGGACUUUGCGACACUGGCUUCGCACGAGUGCGGUGCAAUGCUGCCCUCUGCAGCCGCUCGUCGACAAGAUGAUCCCUAUGUAUUUUGAUGAUCCCACCCUCGGCUCUGACGAUCUCAAACGCGUGUCUCAAAUUUUCAUUUCAGACAAGGCAGGGAAGCAUUCUAAUGCAAGAGAGUUGGCGGCCAUCACGCGCGAGCAUGAUUCGAUCAACUGUUUAUCCGCUCUGCCAUAUAUCGCUAUCCUUCUGGACUUCAAUGCGGCGGAUAAAAAGGAGGUCAUAGCCAGAUUUCCAGAGAGAGACCCAAACCAUACCGAAACGGACCAAUGUUUACGGAUCUACGCUCCUGGAAUGGACGAAAUCACAUUUCCAUUCUUGAGUGGACCCAACGGUAGGGUUGCGAGACAGCUACACGGGCUUGUCUGUCGGGAGACGGAAGCACCCACGCAGACGAAUCUCGACGCCCUCGUCAGAUUCGGGAGUACUGCCAGGUUACGCAACCUGCAGUGGGACAAACAAGGCUGAGGUGUAUGCUAAUUCAGCACAAUUUGAACUUGACCGUAGUGAAAAGCAAUGUAGUGCGAUUGCGCACAUGUUCCUGUGUAAUAUGUAUGUCAACUAGCUGGUAUAAACAUAGUUACCAGACUCCGU